GCUUCGCAUUCCCACCCCCUCCCUCUUUCUCUCUCUACACGCAGCAAUCGAGCGAGCUGCAACAAUGGAAGUUCAGAUGCCGAGCCGGAUGCGCAGAGGCAACGCCGUCGGCGGAAGGAGGAAGCCACUCCCCGAUCGCACCAACGCUCCCGGCCGGUCCUCCUCGCGGCCUCCUCCUCCUCCUCCGCCGCCGCCUUCUCUGCUCACCGUGCCUCGAUCGCGGCUCGUAUGCUCCGACUUCCCGUGUUGCCCCCGCAUCGGCUGCGGAGGAAGCGGCGGCGGCAGUGCUCAGGACCGCAGCUCCCGUUCGGCCGCUCUGGCUCUCGCGUUUUCGCGGCCGCGAUCGGGGUCGUCUUCUUCGGUCAUCGGAUAUGGUGAUAUAGAGGUAGGCAAGCCUUGUACUGUUUACCGUCAGAGACGGACGGAAGCUAAAAGGAAGUGCGGAGUGAAGGAGGCGCUUCAGUUGCCCCCGAGCAGCUCCUCAGUUGAAAGGACCGAAAAUAUUGGGAAAAAGCUUGACAAAAUUAGAGAUGGUGAUGGUAUCUCCAAGUCAGGAGUUACUCCUAGUAAAAGGUGUUUUGGUAUUCCCGCUUAGCUAUCAUCUGCACCAUCAUUUACUGCAGAAGCAGCAUCCAAGGCUGCAUCAACAAGAUAAACCGAAUAGUUCUCUGCAAGAUUUUAUCGAGCAGCAGCGAUCGUAUUUUGCAUAGAUUGAUGCAUUUGAGCUUUCAGAGGAGGAGGUAGCAGCGGCACAGGCUUCUGAAUAAGUUUUUAAGAUUGAGUAUUUUAGGAUAGUCAAUUUGGACUCUUCCCUACAGUAAUUAGCUAUUAGUCACCAUAACCAACCAUAUCUAUGCAGUUCAGACUUGCAAUGACAUAUUAGACAUCCUUUCCUUAGAUAUACAUCCUUAGGGUCUGUAGCAAUGUCCAAUAUACACAAGUAGCCUGUAGUUAAUUUCACUCCCAGUGUAGUUGUUUUUAGGAGAGAAGCAGAUUCAGAAGCCGCUCUUCGGACUGAUAAAUACGCCAACUUAAGCUCCUCCAUUGUGGAACAAGCUGAAACCUGCCGACAGAUUAACACAGUUGCCAUUCAUUUCAUGCCAACUCAGUAACGACCAGUCAUUUGUCUACAUACAUAUGAGCCAUGUAAUCCUCCGUACUAUGUAAAAAGAGUU